CGGAAGGGAAGCCACCUAGAGACGCCGCGCCGCUUGGGUGCUGCUACGCAUGCGCAGGCGGGCCAGAGGCCGAAUCUUCAUGGUCGCUCUCUCCGCGGAGAUCCACCUUGGAUUUGAGUCUCGCGCUCUCCUCGUUCGCUUACCGGCGGGUUCGCUCCCCUUCUCGAGCCCCGGGACAGCGAGGCUGGGGAAGGGGUUGAAAGGGCUGUUGAUCGCCGCCUUUAACUUGUGCGUGGGGCGGCCAUGUCGGCCGGCGAGGUCGAGCGCCUGGUGGAGCUGAGCAGCGGGACCGGAGGGGAUGAGGAGGAAGAGUGGCUGUAUGGCGGCCCAUGGGACGUGCAUGUGCACAGUGAUUUGGCGAAGGAUCUAGAUGAAAAUGAAGUUGAAAGGCCAGAAGAAGAAAAUGCCAGUGCUAACCCUCCAGCUGGAAUCGAAGAGGAAGCUGCUGAAAAUGGCGUGUCAAAACCGAAAGUGACGGAAACUGAAGAUGAUAGUGACAGUGACAGUGAUGAUGAUGAGGAUGAUGUUCAUGUCACUAUAGGAGACAUUAAAACUGGAGCACCACAGUAUGGGAGUUAUGGAACAGCGCCAGUAAAUCUUAAUAUCAAGGCAGGGGGAAGAGUGUAUGGAAAUACAGGAACCAAAGUCAAAGGAGUAGACCUUGAUGCACCUGGCAGCAUUAAUGGAGUGCCACUCUUGGAAGUGGAUUUGGAUUCUUUUGAAGAUAAACCAUGGAGGAAACCUGGUGCUGAUCUUUCUGAUUAUUUCAAUUAUGGCUUUAAUGAAGAUACUUGGAAAGCUUACUGUGAAAAACAAAAGAGGAUACGAAUGGGACUUGAAGUUAUACCAGUUACUUCAACAACUAAUAAAAUUACGGCCGAAGACUGUACUAUGGAAGUUACACCAGGUGCAGAGAUCCAAGAUGGCAGAUUCAAUCUUUUUAAGGUGCAGCAAGGGAGAACUGGAAAUUCAGAGAAAGAAGCAGCGCUUCCAUCUACAAAAGCUGAGUUUACUUCUCCGCCAUCGUUGUUCAAGACAGGCCUGCCACCAAGCAGAAACAGCACCUCUUCUCAGUCUCAGACAAGUACUGCCUCCAGGAAAGCCAGUUCAAGCGUUGGGAAGUGGCAGGAUCGAUAUGGGAGGGCCGAGUCACCCGACCUAAGGAGAUUACCCGGUGCAAUUGAUGUCAUUGGUCAAACAAUAACCAUCAGCCGAGUAGAAGGAAGACGGCGGGCAAAUGAAAACAGCAAUAUACAGGUCCUUUCUGACAGAUCUGCUACUGAAGUAGACAACAAUUUCAGCAAACCACCUCCAUUUUUCCCUCCAGGGGCUCCUCCUACUCACCUUCCACCGCCUCCAUUUCUUCCCCCUCCUCCAACUGUCAGCACUGCUCCUCCUCUGAUCCCACCUCCAGGUAUUCCAAUAACUGUACCACCUCCAGGUUUCCCUCCUCCACCAGGAGCUCCACCUCCAUCUCUUAUACCAACAAUAGAAAGUGGCCAUUCCUCUGGUUAUGACAGCCGUUCUGCAAGAGCAUUUCCAUACGGCAAUGUUGCCUUCCCCCAUCUUACCAGUUCCGCUCCCUCGUGGCCUAGCCUUGUGGACACCACCAAACAAUGGGACUAUUAUGCACGAAGAGAGAAAGACCGAGACAGAGAUCGAGAGAGAGACAGAGACCGAGAGAGAGACAGGGACCGGGACAGAGAAAGAGAGCGGACCCGAGAGAGGGAGCGGGAACGGGAUCACAGCCCCACCCCCAGCGUUUUCAACAGUGAUGAAGAGCGAUACAGAUACAGGGAAUAUGCGGAAAGAGGCUAUGAGCGCCAUAGAGCUAGUCGGGAAAAGGAAGAACGCCACAGAGAACGACGCCACAGAGAGAAAGAGGAAACCAGACACAAGUCCUCUCGCAGUAACAGUAGACGUCGUCAUGAAAGUGAAGAAGGGGACAGUCACAGGAGACACAAGCACAAAAAAUCUAAAAGAAGCAAAGAAGGAAAGGAGGCUGGCAGCGAGCCGGUCCCCGAACAGGAGAGUGCUGAAGCUGCCCCUGCUGAGUAGGCUCCACCUUUCAUGUCUGUCAGUCCCAGAAAUAGAUGCUACAAAUCUCCUUAUUUUUCUGGAUAAUGUUGAAGAAAUAUACAUUUAAUCUUGUUCUGUUAGAAUGAAACGUUAACUUUUUUCUUUUCCAAAAUAAAAAUGUGCAUUUUUUGUGUUAAGUUAAAAAUCUUUGUCUUGUAAUAUUUAAAGAAUAAAAGACAGAAAUGACUUUAUAUCCAAGAAAGUAAUGUGAAUGAGUCAGCAGGGGAUUUAGAGGUAAGCUUUGCUGUGUGUACACAGUAUGAGGAAGGUCGAGGACUCAGCUUGGCCAGCUUUCUAGUUAGUCGGAUACCGUCGCAGAAGAGGUGCUGCAAGGUCCCCUCUGGCAACGAAGCACUCUUCAUCUUACUACUCCUGCAGGGUCAAGAGCUUGGGCACUUCCUUGAUUUCACUGCCUUUGAUAGCAGGUUUUUGGUGUUCUGACGUUGGGUCUGUGGUAACUAAAUGGGCCGUUUUUUAUACCUAAAUUUAUAGAAGGUAGGAGGCCUUUGGGUGGCCCUGUGAUGUAGCUGUGUACUUUGUAGCAGGCACAUGUAUAGACACAGUUGUGACUAACACAGUGCUGGACCACUUCAUGGCCGUCUGUUUGAGCCAGGGUCAAGGCAGUUUGGCUGCUGUUACCAUGUUUUCCAAGACUCAUUGCUAAAGUAGAAUGUGGGUUGUUUUUUUAUACCAUUGCCAUAUUAAGGAUAAAAAUAAACUCAAUGACAGUAGUGUUAGGUCAGUUAUUUCUUAGUAAAGCCAAAAAUCCAAGCUUAAAAUAUGGACUUAGCCCAGGAGGGAAUAGAGAGUAGCAGUGGUAGUGACUUGGAACUUGUUGUGUGAAAAAAUGACUUAGAGCCACAGGUAAGAGGAUGGCUAUCAUUUAGAAAGAUUUAUUUCUCAUCUUAAAUCCUCUACCAUUAAACUUAAAUGCCUGUAAUGUGCUCUUUCUUGAACUCUACAUAUACCAUAUUUAAUUGAUUUGAAUUGUGUCAUACAAAUAAUUUUAGAUUUUUUAUGGACUUUUUAUUGGAUAGAAAAAUAUAAACUCAAAAAGUUUGGAGUGAUGAGAAAUCCUCCACACUAAAUAAAAACUUACCAGUUUUUAUUUUUGAAAACAUUCUCUGAGGUGUCAUUUGUUUUCACAAUAUCAUACUUUUCUGGUAUUUUUUUUACAAUAUAUUCUUUAAAUAUAAAAAUUGACAAGAUAAAUACAGUUUUACCUAGCCUGUGAUCUUUUUUUCUGUUUUCUAAGAUCCAUCAUUGGUUUUACAAAAAUGUACCAGGCCAGGAAGCAAUAGUGAGAGUAAUUCUCCCUUUAAGUUCUUUGAGCAUCCUUGCCAAGCAGGCAUGUAUCAUGCCCGACGUGCUCCUUCCGUUGACAGCGAGCAGAAUGUCACCACAUCUAAGAAAAAACACAGGAUUGGUAUCACAAUUGCUUUAUGGUUGAAGUUACUCAUAGUGGACUUGGGUUCCCCUAGUGUUUUCCAUAUGUGCCCAUUUUAAUUCUAAUGAGAUUUUUUUCCCCCUUCACUUAAAUUCUCAAAUCUCCAAGUAUAGUUAAUUGCAAUAUGGGACCAAGGCCAGUAGUUGUUGAUUGGGGGGGGUUUCGAGACAGAGUUUCUCUGUGUAACAGCCCAGGCUGUCCUGGAACUUGCUUUGUAGACUAGGCUGGCCUCAAAUUCACAGAGAUCUGCCUGUUUCUGCUUCCUGAGUGCUGGGAUUAAAGGUGUGCACCACCACCACCCAGCUUUAUUUUGAACUUCUUAAAUCUAACUGAUAUACUCAUGUUUUAAUUUUUCACUCUUCAAGAAUGUAUAGUAAAUACAUGCUUUCUUUCAAGUGGGGCCAAGUUUUUACAUGUAGAGAACAAAAUAAUAUUAUUUUACCUAAUUCUUCCAUCAUUGUAUGCUGGUGUUCCUUCGACAAUGGAUUUGAUAAAAAAAGGUUUGUUCCCAGUGUAUUCUUCAUAACCUCCAACAAUGCAGAAGCCCAGACUUCCUGCAGUAUUCCUCCGUAGUGUCACAUCUUUACAGUUAUAUAAGUACCUGAAAUAGAAUAUAAUUAGUGUGUGUACAGUUGAGUUUGCUAGUUGUGACUUCAUCUCUCUUUCAGUUUUUGGACAUUUUAAAAAAGUGAAAUAGUAAAUGCAUAUGCCUCCUUCAGAAAUGACAGUAACUUGUCAUGAUCUUAGCAGCUUUUGUGUUUGAUCUUUUUUCCAUAGCUGAAUACCCUACCCUUUCAACAAAAGGACUUCGUCACUGUGUUUUGUUUGUCUCUGCUGAGAAAGAUGGCUAUGCUUUGGCCAGGGACAGCAUAAUGCAAGGACUUAUAUGGGCCAAACAUUGGAUAUGCCUUGACACUUCUAAUGAUAAGCCAAAGUGGAUCAUACUGAGGGAAUACAAUUUUUAUUUACUUGUGGGUUUACAUAAUUCUUAAGGCAAACUUGCUUUGAAUUAAUGAUUCACAAUGAAAUAAUUGCGAUGAAAAUCAUUUUAACUUAAUGAACUUCAUUAAGCUUAGAAUUUCUGUUGACCCUUGGAGAAUACUGGUUUAUACUCACAUAAACAAAGACCUAGACAUAUGAUGAAUGGGAAGUGAGUCAAAAAGAGUAGAAGAGUUGUAGGAGUAAACAACAUGGCAUAAACUGAAGUGGAAAGUCCAAAAGGAACUGGAGAAAGGAAGACCACAGCUGGCAAAAGAAUGAGUAGAACCUCAGUAGGGUAGUUGGGCUGUUAGAGCUGAGUGCAAUCUGCUGUAGUGCAGUAGAGAAGGGCGUCAGGAGCUGGAGUUGGCUCUAGGAUCUCCUGUCUGUCAUAUGUGUCUGUGGUCUAGGAACUGCUUUGACUGGAAGAUAGCAUUUUUAUGUUGGUAGAAAUUAAAAUGUUUUGUUUAUAGACUGUACCUUAAAAUAAUCAAUUGCUUUUUGAUAAUAAAAAUGAUCUUGUGAAAUGUUAA